AUGGACGAGACCGAGGGAGAUAGCGUGUGUCCCGAGUGUCGGACACAGCUGCACUUUUCCCGACUCGAGCUGCUUGUCUCUGUGGUGUGUGGGCACAAACGAUGCUCAAAGUGCUUUGCGCGAGCCUUUACCACAAAGGCAGCAAAGUGUCCUACCUGUGCUCGUCUUGUCAAUCGGAGCGAUUAUCGAAAGCCUACCUUUGCUGAUGGUGCUGUGGAGAGGGAUGUGUAUAUUCGGAAGAAAGUGCUCGAGGUGUACAACAAGGAUCGAAAGGAGUUUGACUCGGACAGAGCGUACAACGAUUACUUGGAAGAGGUCGAAGAGAUCAUCUUUGACUACACAUACGGCGACCUCAAGGUCAUCGAUGAGACUGCUGAAAAGGUCAAGGCCUACGCAAAGCUCCAUGCUGCUGAAAUUCACCGCAUCAAUGCUCGCAAGGACCGCGACAAGGCUCACGCUGCUGCAGAGGCCGAUGCUGCUCGUCGCCGCCGCCAGGAGGAGAUCAAGGCCGCCCGCGAAGCUGAGUAUCUGCGUGAGGAGGCAGAGGCCGGUCGCGGGGGCGACGUUGACAUGGAAGCCGUCCAUGCCAUCGAGUCAGCCCGCCGAAUGGCGGACUCAAAGCGGAAGCUCGCCGCCGCUGUCGCCGCAAAGGCCACCUUUGCCAAGCCCAAGCCGCUCGACAGGGCCCGCCAUGCCGAUCUCUCGCACGUCUCGGGCUCCAAGCAAGACCUUUACGUUCGCGAGACCUUUCUCAACCUCAAGCCCGCCUGGCGCGCCUCUCUUCGCCCCGGCGGCUACACCGACGAGCUCCCCAAUCUGCGCCGCCGCCGCGAGGCCCUCGCCGCUCUUGCUGUCACCCCUCAAGUCAUGCACAACAUUGCACUGGCCUUUGUCGCCCUCUUUGCCCUUGCCCUUGCCUCCGCCGUUGCCGCCGGACAGGAUGUGCCGAGCGUGGUGCAAGGCAUUUUCGAACACUCUAUGUCAAAUCAGUUUUCUCAGGCGCCAAGCAAUUGGCUCCGCCAGGCGCAUGCCAAGCAGCAUGGAUGCAUUCGAGGCCAUCUUCAGGUGGCCGACAAUCUCCCGGCCGAGCUCGAGGGAGGGAUCUUUACUCCUGGCGCGAGCUACCCGCUCUUUGUUCGCUUCUCCAACGGAGUCGGCCGCGGAUUCGCCGCUCCGCCCAUUGUCGCCAACGAGUCGGAUGCCGUGCCGGACACACGAGGCUUUGCGCUCAAGAUCUUCAACGUUGACGGCGAGUUUGUGAUGGAGUCGAACAACACGCAGGCGUUUACCUUUACCACCUCCCCCACAGCCUUUCUCGCCACGCCCGAGCUCGCCGUCGGGUUUUUCAAGGCCGUCCAGCAAGGCGCCACCGCACUCUCAAAGUACCUGCUCCUCCACCCGUCAGUCGGCAAGGGCUUCGCCGAGACCUCGGUCUACGGCGCCAUCCAGAACGUGCUCACCGCUACCUACUACACUGCGCCGGCGCAGAUGCACGGUGACACACCGGCCAAGUAUCGAGUCCGUCCUUGCGCCUCCACCCGCGCUCAUCUGCGCAAGCUUCACGGCCCGCUGCCCAAGGCCUUCUUUGACGCCAACUUUCUCACCGAUAACCUCAUCCGCGACAUCUGGAUGGACCUGCCUGCCAACAAGGCCGUGUGCAUGGAGAUCGAUGUCCAGUUCUUUGUCUCGCCCCACUCGACCCCCAUCAACGACACCACCAUUCGCUGGAGCUCGCCGUGGCACACCCUCGGCCAGAUCCUCCUCCCGCGGCCGACGGCCUACGUCUGGGAUGCCCCGCAUCUUGCCUUUUGCCGCCACAUGUCAUUCAAUCCGUGGCUCUCGCUCGUUGCUCACCAGCCGCUCGGCUUUCUACAGGACAUCCGCCGUGCAGUCUACACCGCCACUGCUACCCAGCGCCACGCGCUCCGCGGCGAGCCCAACACGCUUGCCGGCAUCGAAGACUGGCUCAACUAUCCCAACUUGUAG